UGCGGUCUAUUUCUAAUGCCCCGUGUACACGAGUUGCAACGCAGCUGCCGUUUCUCUUAAAAAUAUAUAUAUAUAUUUCACUGUGACCUGCUGCUGACUGUGAGGCAGGUUGUUGCUGAGUGAGUGGUUGUGUGUGUGUGCCUCGACACAAUCCUGUCUCGGGGCUCUAUGGACAAUUCCUUCGUCCUUAAUUCCUUCGUUUUUUCUCUGACCUACUGUCAACUGUGUGAACUUAUAUAGACAGGUGUGUGCCUUUCCAAAUCAUGUCCAGUCAAUUGAAUUUACCACAGGUGGACUCCAAUCAAGUUGUAGAAACAUGCUUUAAACAACUCCAGUGGACGCUUGGCAUUGCGUAUGGUGAUCUUACGUUUGUGUGCGGCUACUCAGCCAUGGAAACCCAUUUCAUGAAGCUCCCGACAAACUGUUCUUGUGCUGACGUUGCUUCCAGAGGCAGUUUGGAACUUAGUAGUGAGUGUUGCAACUGAGGACAGACGAUUUUUACGCGCUGUGCGCUUCAGCACUUAGUGGUCCCUUUUCUGUGAGCUUGUGUGGCCUACCACUAUGCGGCUGAGCCGUUAUUGCUCCUAGCCGUGUCCACUUCACAAUAACAGCACAUGCAGUUGACCAGGGUAGCUCUAGCAGGGCAGAAAUUUGACGAACUGACUUGUUGGAAAGGUGGCAUUCUAUGACGGUACCACAGUGAAAGUGACUGAGCUCUUCAGUAAGUCCAUUCUACUGCCAAUGUUUGUCUAUGGACAGCCACACAUGUCAGCAACGGGUGUGAAAUAGCCAAAUCCACUAAUUUCAAGUCUAUGGGACCAGGCUGGUGUCGGGAGAAGGAGAGGAGGACCAAGGUGCAGCGUGACAGAACUUGACCGUGGACAAAGGAAUGAGGAAGAUACCAAUGGAUCUGUAACGGGUGUCGUCGUCUGAAGAGGAAGAAUCGGACCAAAGCGCAGCGUGUGGUUGAGCUGAACCACAGCCUGACCAGUGUGAUCCCGGAGAGCGCCCUCCUCAUCCUCAUCGGUUGGAUCCUGGGCGGCAUCAUCUACGGGGCAGGCAAGAUGCAGACCUUCACCCUGACACCCACCGUCUUCUUCUUCUACCUGCUGCCCCAAGUCAUCCUGGACGCGGGCUACUUCAUGCCCAACAAGCUGUUCUUCAGCAACAUGGGCGCCAUCCUGGUUUACGCUGUGAUUGGCACCUGCUGGAACGCUGCCACUGUGGGUCUCGGCCUCUGGGGGUGCUGGUUGGGCGGGGCCAUGGGUGAUAUCGACAUUGGUCUCCUUCAGUUCCUGUUGUUUGGGAGUCUAAUUGCUGCUGUGGACCCCGUGGCUGUAAUUGCCGUGUUUGAGGAGGUCCAUGUCAACGAGGUCCUGUUCAUCAUGGUGUUUGGGGAGUCCCUCCUCAACGAUGGUGUCACAGUGGUGCUGUUCAAUGUGUUUGAUGCAUUCGUGUCGCUGGGAGGGGCAGAAAUCGAUGCUGUAGAGAUCAUUAAAGGCAUAAUCUCGUUCUUCGUGGUGGCAUUCGGAGGCUCUCUGGUUGGUAUUAUCUUUGCUCUGCUGAUCUCGCUCCUGACCAGAUGCACAAAGAACAUCCAGAUCAUCGAGCCAGGCUUCAUCUUCAUCCUGGGCUACCUCUCCUACCUGACAGCUGAGAUGCUCUCGCUAUCCGCUAUCCUGUCGAUCGUGUUUUGUGGCAUCUGCUGUCAGAAGUAUAUCAAUGCCAACAUGGAUGAAUGUUCGGUCACCACAGUACGAUACGUCAUGAAGGUGUUCGCCAAUGGCUCAGAGACCAUCAUCUUUGUCUUCCUCGGCAUCUCGGCCAUAGAUCCAGCUAUAUGGGUGUGGAACACAGGCUUCAUCCUCCUCACACUCCUCUUCAUCUUUGUGUUCAGGUUCAUAGGGGUCUUUCUCCUUACCUGGAUUCUAAACAAGUACCGACUGGUUCCCUUGGAGUUCAUUGAUCAGGUGGUGAUGAGCUACGGUGGCCUACGAGGGGCAGUUGCCUAUGCCCUUGUGGCCAUGCUGGAUGAGAAUAAGUUCAAAGAGAAGAAUUUGAUGGUCAGCACCACCCUCAUAGUGGUGUACUUCACUGUCAUGCUGCAGGGAAUAACCAUGAAACCACUGGUCACCUGGCUGAAAGUGAAGAGAGCAGCCGUGACAGAACUCACACUAGCUGAAAAAAUACAGAAUAGGACCUUUGACCACAUGCUUGUCGCCAUAGAGGACAUUUCUGGACAAAUAGGACAUAACUACAUGAGAGACAAGUGGCAUAACUUUGAGGAAAGGUGGUUGUGCUGGCUCUUGAUGAAGCCCUCUGCCAGGAAAUCUCGUGACUACAUAUUCAACAUCUUCCACCAGCUCAACCUCAAGGAUGCCAUGAGCUAUGUAAAGGAGGGAGAACGCAGAGGCUCAUUGGCGUUCGUUCGGAAUGAGACCAAGGCCGAUGUGGAUUUCAAUAAGAAGUUUCGUGCCAGUUUCUCUGAGAUUAUGCCUGACAUCAUGGCAGAUAAUAUGGGACCGGAUCAUGUUCCACUCUCCUCUAUCUUACAGGACAUUGUGCCCUCUGUCUGCCUGGACAUGCAUGAGCAGGACCUGGAAAUGAGGGAGUCAGAGGACUUUAAUGCACACCAUCUACUGCAGCAGCACUUGUACAGAGGCAGGAAACAGCACAGACACAGGUACAGUCGGAGCCACCUCGAAACCAACAAGGAUGAGAAUGAGGUGCAAGAGAUCUUCCAGAGAACAAUGAGAAGCCGUCUAGAGUCAUUCAAGUCAGCCAAAAUGGGUGUCGCCCCUGCCAAGAAGAUCCAAACCAAGCAUCAAAAGAAAGAUAAACCACAAAAGAUGCCAAAUGGAAACUCCACGGAUAAAAGUAAAAACCAUCCUUAUGGGGAUAAAGAUUUUGAGUUUUCUGAAGGAGACUGUGGCUCUGGUGGCGAGGCUGCUGGCGAUUUAUUCCCCAUGAGGGCCUAUAGAGUAGAAGCUGGAAUAGUGAACCCAGCCUUCAUGGCAGAGAUGGACCCCAUGGACAACAUGCAACAGAUGCAGCAGAUCCCACAUGUAGCACUUCUUCCAUAAACCUUGAACUCCUUUGACCCCUAACCCUGGGUCCAGGUCGUGACCCCAGUUGCCAAAGAAUCAAACAUUGCACCUGCUCUUUGACAAAACAUUUACUAGGACAUGUUUUCUUUGCUGUGCAGUUGUUUAAUCAUAGUUCUGUAUCCCCAGACAAAACAUUCCAGGUCCAGUAACCCUUGUGCUCUCCAAAUAAGGCUUUCAGUCUUGACUGAGCUCUUCCCUCUUCUUAGUGUAUGUUUGGUUGUAGGUUAGGUUUUUUAAAGUAAAGGGAACUGUGCUUUAUAUAACUCCAUCGUAACACACGCAGAUCAUCAUGAGACCAAAACCAAAUAAGAAUGUUGGACAUUUGACCUUGCCAUCCAAAUGCAUGGUAAAUUCUGACCCAGUUUACCUGACAAAACCAAUCCCUCAAACAAUCCAGGCUUUGACUGGCUUGCUCACAUCCCAUGUAGGCUGACAAAUGUCAGUCACACUUUAUUUGGAUAGUCCCAUAUAGAUGAUCUAUGGCUGAUCAUAUUAUUUACAUUUUAGUCAUUUAGCAGAUGCUCUUAUCCAGAGCAAGUUACAGAGUUACAGUGCAUUCAUCUUCAAAACGCUAGGAGGGACAAGCACAUAACCCAGGCAUAGCAGUUGGAAAGAAAGAAAUCGAAGGCAGAUGUCGGGGAGGUUGAAGUCGCCAAGUACGAAGAACGGUGAGUCAUCACCAGGAAAACACCAUAUUAAGGUGUCAAGCCCAUUGAGGAACUCUCCAAAGGCACCUGCAGGGGAUAGAUGCCAACAAUGUUAAGCUUGAGUGGACAAGUGACAGUGACAGCAUGGAAUUCAAAUGAGAACAGGUGAUUGAGGGAGAAAAUAGAAGAUUUCCACUUAGGAGAAAUGAGUAGCCCUGUGCCACCAUCGCAAUGACCAGAUGCUCUGAGACUAUGAGAGAAAACAUAGUCAGAUGAAGAGAGAGCAGCUGGAGUAGCAGUGUUCUCUGGGGUGAUUCAUGUCUCCGUCAGGGCUGAAAAGUCAAUGGACUGAAGUGUACCAUAAGCUGAAAUGAACUUGGCGUUCUUGACUGUAGAUCGGCAGUUCCAAAAGCUGCCAGAGACCAGGAAUUCCACAUGGAUUGCGCGCACAAGGUACACUAAAUUAGAAUGGUUGCAACCAAGGGGUGGGGAGCGUCUUUAAAGCCUACAGGGAGAGGAGCGAACAGGUAUAUAAAACACAGUUGCCAAAGCCACAAAGAGUAAAAUGAGAUCAUCGGAAAAUAACUAGGUUAGGGUUAGGUUUGGAAUAAUCGUUAGGGUACGGGUUAAGGUAAAGAUUUGGGUUAGGAUAAGGUUAGAGCUAGGGUUAAUGGAUAGUUGAAAUGUUGUUGAUAGUUAUUGAACAUAUACUUGGGACUAUCCAAAUAAAGUGUUACCGAAAGUGUAACGACACACCAUAUUUAGGUCCAUAGAAUGAGACCAAACAAGCAAGUUUAUGCAUGGAUUCAGAAUGUCAUUUUUGUGACCCCCCUCAUGUCCUCACCCUUUAAUGUGAUCAAAUGAUGUAGAUUUAGUUGAUUGUAAAGAAUAUAAAGCAUUUCAUAUGACAUUAAUUUAUUGAGAGGAUGACAAUCUAAUGCAAUUUUAACAAUUGAAAUGCUGUCACUUUUUUUCCAUUUGUUUGAGAGAUUUGUAGCCAUUUUUGGGGUCAAGAUGUGGUUGGUGUUGAGAGAUUGAAUUUUACAGAUGUAAAUGUCACUUGUAUAGUAAAGAAAUAACCUAUUUAUUCACCAAUAAAGUUUAUUGGCUACCUG